AUGGGUUCUGGAAGCUCCAAGCCGCAAGGCUCGCAAUAUGUCUUUGCUGCUCCCGUCAGCUUCUCACCUUCCGUUGUCGACUCGCUACAGAACAGCCCCGAGACUCCAACAAGANCCGACUCAACCCGCCAGCGCAACCUCGACCUCCAGAUCCAACAGCGCGUAACAGCCGAACUCGAGCGCAUCCGCGAAGAAGAAGCCCAGCGUCUUGCCCAAUACACCGAGCGCCUGACUCCUUCAUCCUCGGACGAAACCUCCUCCUCCGACCCUUCCCUGACAGAAAAGAUCUCGUCCGCCCUCACACCUUCCUCAUCGCAACACAAGGACCGCAGCAACGACAGCGUAUCCAAAGAAGUCGCCGAGUUGCGCAACAAGCUCGAGCGCCGCAAGAAACUCGAACAAACCGAUGCUGCUGUCGAAAAGGCAAAGGAAGGCCUUGUACAAUGCUUGAGGGUGAAUGAUCGCAGACCUUUGGAUUGUUGGGAGCAGGUUGAGGCUUUCAAGGCAGAGGUCGCUAAGCUUGAGCAAAAGUUUGUCGACAGAGCUCUGCGAUGA